UUGUUUACAGGAAAUAGCUGUUGUAGCGUAAAAGUGAAGCGGAUAAACGCGUCGCUCGCCACAAAACCUUAGCAACAAUGUUAAAGUGUGAUAAUAUUGAGUUCAAGUUUUGAGAAGAAAUGGAGGGGAUGACCUAUGAGCCCAGGCGGUACGGAUAACGUGUACUGUACCUUGCUAAUGCGAGCUUCCUAACGUUAACCUAUCCACCUGACUAGUUUCAAUGUGACGGGCAUUUCACUUUUGUCAUACGUUUUGCCCCACCUUUGAACAAAUGACUGCGAACAUUUGAUAGUGGCGAUAGCACUGGCGUCGCGGUGAGUUUGCACCGCGAACACCUGUUGUUUUUUCCCUGAAAGUAGUCCCGUGAGAUAUGGAUUUCCUCACUCUGUUUGCUAUUUACGUGGUGGUGGUGCUGACGUGCAUCGUUUUAGUCUGCAGAUAUUCGGGGCAACAGCAAAAUAAUCCAUUCAAUAUUCUCCUCAACACAAUAUCAACGGUAGUUGCACCAAUUACUCCAAAAUGGCUCCAGCGGUUGUUCCAGGGAACCUUGCACAGAUUGUUUCAUCAAAGGAGCAACAUGUUCAUCUAUCUGCACAUCCUUUUGGAGGGCAUUGUGUAUGCAGAGUUCUCCUAUGAGGUUUUUGGUUACUGCAGAGAAAUGGGCAUCUCUCUGACCAGCCUGUCUGUGCCUUACGUCCUGCUUGCCAUCAACACUCUUUUCUACUACCUUUGCAUCAAGAGAGAUCCUGGCACUGUGACAAAGAAGAAACUCUCUGGCCUUUUGCACAUGUAUCCAUACGACAGGAGGCUGUUUCACCCGGGCAUCUCUUGCCCAACAUGUCAUCUUAUCAAACCUGCCCGCUCCAAGCACUGUAGGGUGUGCGACAGGUGCAUUCAACGUUUCGACCACCACUGCGUCUGGGUGAACAACUGCAUCGGUGCCCUCAACACGCGUUACUUCCUGCUUUACUUGUUCAGUUUGUGUGCAAUGGCGGGCAACAUCGCCAUCCUGACUGGCGAUAUGCUGCUUGAAGCCGUGCUGCUUUCAGGGCUCCUGAGGGCCGUCUACAUUGAUGAGUACGGCCAGCAACAGCCAACUGACCCGCUAUUUGUCACACAGCAUCUGUUCCUGACCUUCCCUCGAAUCGUCCUUAUGCUGGGCUUCGUAGUCUUUGUCUUCUGCCUGCUAGCCAGUUAUGCCCUCUUCCUUUUCUUCUUAGUGCUCAUCAAUCAGACCUCAAAUGAGUGGUACAAAAGUCGAGGCUACGUUUGUCAGCACUGCCACCCAACUUCCACAGCCGACCAUUUCUGUAGCACGGCGCCUCACAACUCUAAAAGAAACUACUACAGCCGAGGGUUCCUCCGAAAUUUGGGAGAGAUAUUUUUUCCUCGAGAGCCGGUUGGGAAAAAAGACACUUAGGAGAACGUCUCUGUGCUGUUUACGUCUUCAAAUCAACUACGGGUUCCGGGAAAAUUAAGUCACCCACACACUGUCAUGGCUUGGAAAAGUUCCCUAACUAAGGAAGAACACAUGCACUCUGCAUUCCUUUGUUACUGCUACGUCAUUGAAAUUUUUUUUACUCUACUAGUAUAUAUUUUUUGUUUUUUUAGGAGAUUCUGUGUAAUCUGUGAGGGGAUUUCUAUAUAAAACAUUUUUCUAAUAUAUUGACAGACUUGGAUGAGUGUCCCUCAGUUAUUAUUAUUUUUUUUUAACAAUUAAAUUGGAUUUAUUCGUAAUGAGAA